AUGAAAAGACUAAAGCAGGAUACUUCCGAACCAGAGAUCACGUUCUAUGAUAGUCUGAAUAGAGCCACUUUUAACUAUGAAGAAUUUAAAGAAAAUGCACAUUUAAGACUUAAAGUACUCAGGAGGCUCGAAAAUAACAUCAGAGACAAUAUAUCAGUUAAAACCGCAGAGGAAGAUUUAAAUUCCCACUUUUGUCUGAGAUUGGUGUGUGCACAGUCAAAAUGGAGCUCGAAUUGGUUUGUUGUACAGGAAACUCAGCUUUUUAAGCAUAAACUGCUACUUAACCCAUCAGAGUCGAGACGGUUCUUUUUGGAGAAGGUUUGGCCGCACUUAAACGUCACUAAAUACAUUGAACAUUCAACUGUCUAUGAUCCAGACAGUCAUAACAUGCUAAAUUUUACUGAAAAGGUUAAAGUGCACUUUACUAAAUGCUCGGACAUAAUUCCAAAAAGAACGCACAAUCUUAAUUUUGGAUAUUUUGACAUAGACGAUGAGGUUUUAGUUUCAUUUUUAACUGAGACAUUCAGAAAAUGGCUUGAAAAACAGAUGCAUGAGUUGUAUGAAAAGACAGUUAUUGAUUCUGAUGAGCGAUUGAUUAAUCUAAACAAGAUGAUCUUUUCGACCGAAUCUUCCACAGAGGCAUUGGCUAUUGGUGAUAUCAUGAAACUCAGUAAUCUUUUUCCGCUUUGCAUUAAGGGAAUACUUGGAAGACUUAAAGCACAAAAGCAUCUUAAAUACCAGGAUAGACAGACUCUUUGUCUGUUCUUUAAGGACAUUGGCAUGGGUUUGAAUGAAUGCAUUGAGUUCUUCAAGUCUAAUUUUGGCUGUACUCAUGAUCAGUUCAACAAAGAGUAUCUUUAUAAUAUUAGACACAACUAUGGACUAGAGGGAAAGAGAGCAAAUUAUCAUAGCUUUACAUGCUCUAGAAUUAUUGGCUUUUCAAAUGACGGGGUGAGUUUUGGAUGUCCUUUUGUAAAUAAUCAUGAUUUUGUAAAACUUAACAGCGAUAUUGAGGAUUUGAACAAAGAUGCUGUUAAGUGCUGUGGAAGGGUAGGUGCAAAAGUCAUAGGAGAGGAACUAAAGAAUUCAUUUCAAACACCCGCUGACUACUUUAGAAUUUUAUUUAAAGAAAACCAAUUAAUGAACAAAUAA